GUAGUGUUUGAAAAUUGAAAAGCACAUUGAAAAAUAAAAAUAUUGUUGACUAUACAAGGCAAUUUCUUCAAAUCAAGUAAUGAUGUGUAUGUGGUUAACCGUCUCUACGCAGGAAGUGGUUUUAUUUUAAAGUUUUUUGUGCUCGCCCCAACCCCCCCGCCUUUUUUUUUUUUUUUUUUUCUCCAGUACUGAAAUUAAGCAGCAUCCAACAUAGGCCUACUCUUAUGACAUGUGACUUUACUGUUUUCCGUUUUUGUUGAAAGAGUCAUUAACAGUUGGAAGUUGAUGGCAGUUUCAAUAACAAGUGAUCACCGAGAAAAGGAUAACGCUAUAAUAUGCAGAAAUCUACAAAUUCUGAUACCUCUGUGGAUACCCUGAAUUCCACCCGUCAAGGCACCGGAGCUGUGCAAAUGAGGAUCAAAAAUGCCAACAGCCACCAUGACAGGCUGAGCCAAAGUAAAUCCAUGAUCCUCACCGAUGUUGGGAAGGUCAUUGAACCCAUAUCCCGACACAGGAGGAAUCAUUCACAACAUGUCUUGAAAGAUGUCAUUCCUCCAUUGGAACAAUUGAUGGUUGAAAAAGAAGGUUAUCUUCAAAAAGCUAAAAUUGCAGAUGGAGGAAAGAAACUAAGGAAAAACUGGUCUACUUCCUGGAUCGUUCUGUCUAGUCGAAAAAUUGAAUUUUACAAAGAAUCUAAGCAGCAGGCUCUGGCUAACAUGAAAACUGGGCACAAACCAGAAAGUGUGGAUUUGUGUGGAGCACAUAUUGAAUGGGCCAAGGAAAAAUCAAGCAGAAAGAAUGUCUUUCAGAUCACAACAGUAUCAGGAAAUGAGUUCCUUCUACAGUCAGAUAUUGACUUCAUCAUAUUGGAUUGGUUCCACGCUAUCAAAAAUGCAAUUGACAGAUUGCCAAAGGAUCCAAGUGGUUCAUCAAGAAACCUGGAAUUAUUCAAAAUCCAGAGAUCCUCCAGUACUGAAUUACUAAGUCACUACGAUAAUGAUAUAAAAGAACAGAAACCAGAGCACAGAAAAUCUUUAAUGUUCAGACUGCAUCAUAGUGCUUCCGAUACAAGCGACAAAAACCGAGUUAAAAGCAGAUUAAAGAAGUUUAUCACCCGAAGACCUUCUCUGAAAACUCUGCAAGAAAAGGGACUUAUUAAAGAUCAAAUUUUUGGCUCUCAUCUGCACACAGUGUGUGAACGUGAAAAUUCCACAGUUCCACGGUUUGUAAAGCAAUGCAUUGAAGCUGUCGAAAAAAGAGGUCUAGAUGUUGAUGGAAUAUACCGAGUUAGUGGCAAUCUGGCGACAAUACAGAAGUUAAGAUUUAUUGUCAACCAAGAAACGACUAUGUCGGCGAGGGGGGCAGUCAAACUGAAAGAUGUGGAGACACACUUCUUUCUGCUUUUAUGAAUCAUCUGUAGAUGAAUUGUGGAAGGCAACAAAUGUCCACGGGUCUCUCUGUUCUCCCCCAAAGUUCUUUCUUAAAAAUAAUAUAAAAUGUGUCUUGUACCUACUUGCCAACGACUAAGGUAAGGAUAAUAAAUACUUCAAAAACUUUCCACAGGUAACACCAAUUUGAUAACUCCUUUCACAAAGGUGGCUUCCCUUUUAUUCCACCAAACGCAGGAAGUCCCAGCUUUCUCUUCAGAGUUAGAAGAGGACUCAGGUGGAAGAUGUACGGAAAGGGAGAGGAGAUGAGUGCAUUUUGGCCAUAUCUCCUACAAGAACCCUUUCUUCGCUGGUCUCCUGUAGACCUUUGCCACACUCCUGAUGUUGCUGAAGGGCACAUGAGUGCCAUUGUAAAGAGACAGGACUUAAACUGUAAGAGGGAUUUCAAGAGAAGCAGGCUAGUGAUCCACAUAGGGGCAUGUCAAAGAUUAUUUAAGUAACCAGUAAUGUAAACAUCAUGCUACUAACACUGAACAGUUUAUCACAUAAAUAUAAUUGUCUUCUUUUAGAAGAAUAAUAAAAGCUGAAUCCAUAUGUUACUUAUUAUUUAAAAUUGUUUCUGCAAGAUGUAUUAGUCCCAUAGAAGAAGCAAAUUCUUCCACCAGAGGAGGACAACAGCACUUUUAUUAUAUUACAUUGUCAUUUGUUUAAUUUGUUUGUUCCCAGUAGUAGUUUCACAGAUUUUUAUGAACUGUUACUUUUAUAGAAAGUCAAGUUACUCAUGAUGGAUGGUACUUGCAUUCAUUUGAAAAAAAAAGGGGGGGGGGUCAGAAAGGUAGAUGGCAUGGAUUUACUUAACCGAAUCUAUUUAAAUCAGUGUUUCUGAAUUCUUAGAUAAAUUGAAAAUUAAUGUAGGGAGUUAAGUUCUGUUAGGGAUAUUUCUAAGAUUUUGCUGAGUUUACUUAAACAUGGAGACCAAAUGAAAACUUAGACUGAAAGACCUCCUUGAGCAAAGAUAAACUAGAAAUUUUUAUAUUUAGAAAUAUUCUGAAUAAAAGAGUUGUCCAAGGGUUUUUUUUUUUCUUUUUUUGAACUGGUAACCACAAAAUACUAAUUUUAUUUACUAAUAGUUAAAUGUCUAUCACUAAUUUUAGGAAUUUUAUUGGUUAAGGAAACUAGUUCCUCCUAUCAUUCCUCACAAUUUCAACUAAAUUUAUUUGUUACUUAUAUUACGUGAGACUUUUCUAGGUACAAGUGAAAUUUUAAAAACUAAAAUAUAAUUGGUAUUCUCCAUUCAUGGAUAGAUUAAAUAAAUGCAGUCUGAAAAAA